UCAAUUUGGUCAAAUUGAUUUCUUUCCCACCCGUAGUGAAGUCAUACGUAGUUGUUGUUUGUUGAUGGUAGCACCUCCACCAUCUCGCUCAACCAGAUCUGAAUACAUAGAUCACUCUCACCAUUAUUCCCUUCAUUUCGAUCCGUUUCGUCUUGCUUCUUGCUUGGAUUGCAGCAAGUGAGAAAUGCAGCGUGCUUCUGUCACCGUUGAGGAACAGCUGUUGCAAAAAGCGAUCAAGGAAGAGUGUCCAUGGGAGAACCUUCCCAAGCGAAUUCAACUUACCCUCUCUUCCAAAGAAGAAUGGCACAGAAGGAUAAUUGAAAGUUGCAUUAAGAAAAGACUCCAAUGGAAUAAUUGUUUUGCUCGAAAGGUUUGUAGAGAAAGCGAAUAUUAUGAAGACAUGAUGCAGUACUUGCGGAAGAAUCUUGCUCUUUUCCCAUAUCAUCUAGCCGAGUAUGUCUGCCGUGUCAUGAGGGUAUCACCUUUCAGAUAUUAUUGUGAUAUGAUCUUUGAAGUAAUGAAAAAUGAGCAACCUUAUGACAGCAUUCCAAAUUUUAGUGCUGCGGAUGCUUUGAGGCUUACAGGAAUAGGAAGAAAUGAAUUUAUUGAUAUAAUGAACAGGUGCAGAUCUAAGAAAAUCAUGUGGAAAUUGAACAAAUCAAUUGCCAAAGAACUUUUACCAACACAACCUGUGGAUUUUCCAAUUGAACCGUGGUGGGGAGUUUGUCUUGUCAACUUUACAUUGGAAGAAUUUAAGAAACUCUCAGAAGAGGAAAUGGCCACAAUAGACAAAGUGUGUAAGGAAGAGGCAAAUUCAUUCAUCUUGUUUGAUCCGAAUGUUAUCAAGGGUCUUUACAAACGGGGAUUGGUCUAUUUUGAUGUUCCUGUAUAUCCUGAUGAUCGGUUUAAAGUUUCUAGGCUCGAAGGUUUUGUUUCCAACAGGGAGCAGACUUAUGAAGAUCCCAUUGAAGAGUUAUUAUAUGCAGUAUUUGUUGUUUCAAAUGAAAACGCAUCUGUUACUGAAUUGGCAAGUACUCUACAGGCAGACUUGGCACAACUGCAGGCUGCUGCUUCUUUUGUAUGUCGAUUGGGAUGGGCAACGAAAGUAAUUGAUCCAGCAUCUAUUCUUCAAGAUACAAGUGCAUCUGGGUCUCGUAGAAGUAUAGUUAGUGAUGAAUUUGGUCAAGCCCUUGAGAAUAUGGUUAUCAAUAAUGAUUCCAACCGGCAAGGAGAUGCUUCAAGUUCCGGAAAUUACGGUCCGCGUUCGGCCUAUACACGUGCAGCUUUCAUAGUAGAUGCUAACAUAACAUCCUAUCUUAUGAUGGGUUCUGUUUCACCAGGCCUGAAAUCUCAUGCUGUUACACUAUAUGAAGCCGGCAAAUUAGGCCAUGCCAGCAUUGCUGAUCUUUGCAGGGAUCUUGGCACUCUGGAGGGUGCAAAAUUUGAGGGAGAGCUGCAGGAAUUUGCAAAUCAUGCAUUUAGCCUGCGUUGUGUAUUAGAAUGUCUACAAGCAGGUGGAACUGCAUCCAAUGAAAAAGAGGAGAAAGGUUUUAACAAGAUGGAUGCUGUGACUUCAUGCACUGAUGAGUCAAGUUCUAUGAAAGUUGAAAUCCCUCUGGCUCGGAAAUCAGAAUACUCUGUUAUUGCAGAACUUAGGAUGAGUGGUGAUAAUUUAGAUCUAGAUAAUUCGGCGGAGGCUUCUACUUCAUCAAAAGCAGUUCAUAGUAGUGCAUUUGCAACCCAUUCUACUACUUCGUUAGAUGAUGCAAGUAUAAGUGGGAAAAAGAAAUAUCGGGUAGACAUUCUCCGCUGUGAAAGCUUGGCUUCGCUUGCACCAGAAACUCUUGAUCGUUUGUUUCUUCGUGACUAUGAUAUAGUUAUGUCCAUGGUGCCUCUUCCUCAGUCAUCAGUUCUUCCAGGAUCCACUGGUCCAGUACAUUUUGGUCCUCCCUCGUAUUCUUUUAUGACUCCUUGGAUGAAACUGGUAUUAUAUUCGUAUGCAGCUAGUGGGCCUCUUUCAGUUAUCCUUAUGAAAGGACAGUCUCUGCGCUUGCUUCCUGCUCCCCUGACUGGUUGUGUGAAAGCUCUCAUAUGGUCUUGGGAUGAUUCUACAGUAGGAGGCUUGGGAGGAAAGCAUGAUGGAAAUUUAGUAAAUGGAAGUAUACUGCUGCACUGUUUAAAUUCCCUUCUUAAACAUUCGGCUGUCCUGGUGCAGCCGCUUGGUAAGUUUGAUCUCGACGAAUCUGGAAAGGUGGUUUCCUUGGAUAUCCCUUUGCCCCUAAAGAACUCUGAUGGAUCAAUUGACCCCGUUGGUGAAGAUUUAGGAAUAAGUGAAAAAGAAUGCUCAAAGUUGAAUUCUCUCUUGACUGACUUGGCAAACAAGAUUGAACUACAAACAGUUGGAUAUAUUCGCCUACUGAGAUUAUUUAAAGGAGCAGAUUCAGAGCAGUUCUCACCCGCUAAAGAGAACUAUGAUUGGGUUCCAUUGGGUGUUGAAUUUGGGAUGCCGCUGUUCAGUCCAAAGUUAUGCAAUAGUAUAUGUAAGAGGGUAGUUUCAUCUCAGUUGCUUCAAUCUGGCUUAUUUGGUGAACACCAUAAUGCUAUGCAAAGCUUAAGAAAAAAGUUGCAUGACAUUUGUGCUGUGUACCAUGCAACUGGUCCUGCUGCAAAGCUUCUUUACCAGAAAGAGCAAGUUAAGGAAUCUUCACAACUUCAUAUGAACUAUGCUAGCGGAAGAUGGAAGCCACUUGCAGAACCUUCGUCUCUAAUUUCAGGAGCAACUAGUGAGAAUCAAAGGUUAAAACUUGCUAACCGGCAGUGCUGUGGAAGUGAAAUUUUGUGCUUUGAUGGCAGCAAUCUUAGGUCUUUUGCCUCUCCUCCUGGCUAUGAAGCUGCGACAAAGCUCAAUGAAGAAGCGCGGCAAGUUGACACAAAAUCUGAGGCAGAUGAAACUGAUAGUAAGGAAGUAACGCUUCCCGGAGUAAAUCUCAUUUUUUAUGGUUCUAAGUUGCAUCCAUUUGAUAUAGGUGCCUGCCUCCAGGCUCGUCAACCUAUUUCCUUAAUAGCAGAGGCAGCAGCAAUCAGUUCCACAAAGUAAAUCUCAGCCUCUAAUCUAAAUGUGUGCGCUUGUAACCUACAUUUUGAAUACUAAAAUGGACUCAGGUUUCUUGUUGGCUUUCCACUUCAACAAAUUCCUACCACUUGCUAGCACACAAAAAGGAGUAAUGUAAUCAAUUUCUUUGAUGGGCUUUAGAUUCUGUAGCUCUUUCUGAGCCCGGGGUUACUGCUAGUCCUCUGUUGAUUAUUAUAUUUGUACUUCGAUGUUUAUCCUACCCCCAAAUUGUUUCAUCUUUUCGAAGUGUUUCAUAUUACGUUCCUGGAACAUGAGUAUUGCAAGUAAGGUAUCAUGUUUCAUUGUCUUCUAGCACUUCAGGAAAUGACAACACUAGCCUUUCAAUCAGAGAGAAAAAGAUGGAAAAGUUCACCUUUGUAAGUGGCAAUGCAGCUUUGUUCUAUGGAUACUGUAGUCUGUAGCCCAUUGAGCAACACAAGUUUUUGGGACGUUUUAUUUUUUUAUUUCUUUUGGGUGGCGUGGCAAGUAUUUCACGAGGUCUAUUAUUUAAUAUAAUUGUAAUGUCUAUUCAUAUUUAUUAAUAUAUAAUAAGAAUGUAGUCGAUGGUUCUUUGAUUGACA